UAAGGUAUACGGUCAUCAAAAAUGGCAGACGUACCGAUCGAUUGUGAUUUCCCUGUUUGGGGAUUAUUACCUAAAAAAGAAACAGGGGUGGUUUCAUUCUUAACAAAAUACCCAAAAUACGAUGGCAGAAACACGGUUAUUGCUAUUCUUGAUUCGGGCGUCGACCCGGCAGCGGCAGGGCUUAAGGUGACCAGUACUGGAGAGACAAAGGUCAUAGAAAGAUUUGACUGCAGCGGUUGCGGGGAUGUGGAUACUAGCACAGUCAUUCGAAAGGUCGUUGAUGGAUGUAUUACCGGCAUCACGGGUCGCAAGCUGAAAAUUCCAGAAUCAUGGAAUAAUUCUACAGGGGAAUGGAGAAUAGGUGUCCUGUAUCCAUUUAGUUUAUAUCCUACAAAAGUUAAGGAACGCUUGCAAGAUCAUAGAAAGGAACAUCUGUGGGAUGUAGGUUAUAAACCUGCACUAGCUGAAGCUACGAAACAGUUACAGGACUUUGAAGAUGAAAAUGCAUCAAAAACAACUCUUAGUCAAGAUGAAAAAACGCAAAAAGAAGAAUUAGAGGCAAGAGUAGAAGUAUUGAAGGAGCUUGAGAAGAAAUAUAAUGAUGUAGGACCCACCUAUGACUGUGUACUGUUCCAUGAUGGUACUGUUUGGAGAGCAUGUAUUGAUACCUCUGAGACAGGGGAUUUAUCGUCUGGACCAUUUUUGGGGGAAUACAGUGUCACACUAGAGCACUCACAUCUCACUCCAUUGGAUGAAAUGACUGUUAGUAUUAAUGUACAUGAUGAGGGAAAUACACUUGAAGUUGUUGGGAUGUGCUCGACUCAUGGAACCCAUGUAGCAGCAAUAGCAGCAGGUUACUUUCCUGAUGAACCAGACAAAAAUGGAGUGGCUCCCGGUGCUAAAAUUAUCUCACUUACGAUCGGUGACAGUAGGCUGGGUUCCAUGGAGACCGGAACGGCACUAGUGAGAGCAUGUAUAAAAGUUAUGGAAUUGUCCAAAAAGAUGAAAGUAGAUGUCAUCAAUAUGAGUUACGGUGAACAUGCCCAUUGGUCUAAUGCUGGACGCGUCGGCUCCGUGAUCAGCUCAGUGGUCAAUCGGUACGGCGUGUCGUGGGUGGUGUCGGCCGGCAACCACGGACCCGCACUCGCCACCGUCGGGGCGCCGCCCGACAUCGCGCAGCCCAUACUUAUCGGCGUGGGCGCGUACGUGUCGUCGGAGAUGAUGCUGGCGGCGUACUCCAUGCGCGCGCAGGGCGCGCCGGGCGCCUUCAGCUGGAGCUCGCGCGGGCCGUGCGCCGACGGCGCCGCCGGGCUGGCCGUGUGCGCGCCGGGCGGGGCCGUCGCCUCCGUCGCCAGAUUCACAUUACGCAAUUCUCAAUUGAUGAAUGGAACGUCUAUGGCAGCGCCUCACGUCGCUGGAGCUGUCGCGGCGCUCAUAUCCGGCCUGAAGGACCGUCAACUACCGUAUUCGCCGUACUCUAUAAAACGUGCAUUGGAGAAUUCGGCGACGUUCCUGCCGCACGUGGAGCCCUGGGCGCAGGGCUGCGGACUGUUGCACAUUGAGAAGGCUUUCGAAAUUGUCACUUCCUACCACGAUCAACCAGAACGAGACGUGACUUUCAAUAUCAAGUGCGGUAACAACAAUUCAAAGGGUAUUUUCCUGAGACCGAAGAUGGAGGACGUAUCCAAAGAUAUCGGCAUUACAGUUGAACCACAGUUCUUAGAAAACCAUCUAGAUGAGGAAAACAAGGCAGUGAUCCCCAAGCAGAUCGCUUUCAGCGUGCGCCUCGCGCUCGUGUGCCGCGCCGCCUGGGUGUCGCACCCCGCGCACCUCGAGCUCAUGAACGCGCCGCGCCCGCUCACCGCGCGCCUCGCCACCGCCGGCCUGCCGCCCGGCCCGCACCACGCCAGUAUCGACGCGUAUGACGUAACCUGCAUCGAGAAGGGUCCCGUGUUCCGCAUCCCCAUUACGGUUCUGCAGCCGCAGUCCCUGGACAACUCGCCCUCGAGCGCGCCGCAGAUAGACGAGAAGGACGUCCUAUUCCAGCCCUCCACCAUCAAGCGUCACAUCGUCGUCGUGCCGCUGGAGGCGACGUGGGGCGUGGUGCGCAUCCACCGGCGCGGCGGGGAGAGCUGCGCGCGCUUCCUCGUGCACGCCAUGCAGCUGGCGCCGCGCCGCUCGUGCCGCGCGCACGACACGCACCGCCUGCUGGCGCUCGCGCCGCACGCGCCCGCCGUCGCGCCCUUCCGCCUGCUCGGCGGCGUGACGCUUGAGGUGGUCAUCGCCAAGUAUUGGGCGAACAUCGGAGACGUGACCGUCGACUACAGCAUCGAAUUCCACGGCCUGAAGCCGGACUUCGGCACCAAGCUGACGCUGUCGGGCGCGUCGCUGGGCGCCGUCACGCUGCGCGCGCUGCGUCCGCAGGACGUGCAGCCCUGCGCCACGCUCAAGCACGUCGAGCACGUCUACAGGCCGGCAGAGUCGAAGCUGGCGCCGCUUACGUCACGCGACAUUUUGCCGCCCUCGCGUCAGAUCUACCAGCUGAUCAACACGUACACCUUCCACAUACCCAAGGCGACCGAAGUAUCCCCGAUAGUGCCGAUGCUGUGCGAUAUGCUGUACGAGUCCGAGUUCGAGUCGCAGAUGUGGAUGUUGUACAACAGCUCCAAGCAACUCAUGGCCGUCGGUGACGCUUACCCCACCAAGUACUCGGCCAAGGUGGAGAAGGGCGAGUACACGCUGCGGCUGUCGGUGCGGCACGAGUCGCGCGUGCUGCUGGAGCGCCUCGCCGAGCUGCCCGUCGCGCUGCAGCAGCGCCUCGCGCAGCCGCUGCCGCUCGACGCCUACGCCGAGCAGGCGCAGGCAUUGACCGGCGGCAAGAAGUUCACAGCCGCUUCACUGGCUAGCGGAGACCUACUACCUCUCUACUUCACACCCGUGCCUUCCGACAAGGUGUCCCGCUCGAGCUGCUCGGGCGCGACGCUGACGGGCAGCGUGUCGUUCGCGAAGGACGAGCUCGGGCACAAGGCGGACAGCUACCCGCUGUCGCUGCAGCCGUGCGAGGCGCCGCGCCGCCCGCGCGAGCGCGCCCGCGAGGACUACGCCGACGCGCUCAAGGACUUCGCCUGCGCCUGGCUCGCCAAGCUCGAGGGCGAGAAGCUAGAGCAAGUGUACGAGGAGCUGCUGGAGAAGUUCCCUGGAUACCUCGGUGCUCACAUCGCCUACUUGAACGCGAUCGACCCACCGACUGAUCCCAAGAAAUUACCGAGUAUUAAUGAGGAACCAGACGUGACGACGGCUUGGUGCGAACAAUUGAUAGCAAUAGCUGAUAAGGUUAUAAAACAAAUCGACCAAGAUAAGUUACUGGCGUAUUUAGGUAUGAAGAAUGACUCACGCAGCGAUGCUAGCAAAAUAAAGCAGGAGCGCGAGCGGCAGAAGAGCCAGAUGGUGGAGGCGCUGUGCCGGCGCGGCGCCGCGCUGUGCCGCCUGCGCGCGCUGGCCGCCGGCAGCGACAAGCUGGCCGACGCGCUCGCGCACAACAUGCACGACCUGCUCAAGUACACCGACCUCGCCGACGCCAAGACGCUGCACUACGGCGUGUGGCACAGCGUGGCGGUGGGGCAGUGGGGCCGCGCGGCGCGCCUGCUGCUGCGCCUGCUGGAGGAGCGGCCGGCGCGGGAGGCCGAGGAGCGCCUGGCCGGCCUGGCGCUGAAGCUGGGCUGGAGCUUCCUCGCCGAGCACACGAGCCGCCAGCUGCCGCAGCGCUACCCCGCGCACUACCGCCCCUUCUGAUCGCACCCGCCCGCACUCCCGUACCGCACUACCGUUUUGCAGAACCGUCCUCAUCCCUUCCGACGCAUAGCGAUCACAUAGUAUCUUCGAUGAGCUAGACGAGAACGCUAAUGCCUCCUAAACCCUUCUGAUAGUUUACCGCCUUUACUUAUAUCGCAGGACCAUCCCCUAGUUAAUUGAAAUUCAUUUUGUCUAUUCGAAAAGUUAUAUAAAAUUUCACACAAAUUGCCAAUACAGCGCUCAACCUUCAUUAAUAAAACUCUUUCUUAUUUUAUUUGACGCUUCAAAACUGUAUGCUAUAUAUUUUAAUUCAGUUUUACCAUACUACGUAAAAUUACCUCAACUUUAUGAAUAAUGAAAUUAUACAAUUUAAAAAUGAAUCAAAUUAUUAACCAAUUAAAAAGUUGAGAACAUUCUAAUAAAUGAAAUGAAUUAAUAUAUUUCACGAGAUUCCGGUGUCUUCCUUAAAUUCUAAGAGGCAAAUUUUAAUAAAGGAAAUCCGUAUUGAAUUAAUUCCGAAUAUACAUUUAAAAUGCAUUUUACCUACAAGGCAACGAAUUUUUAUAUCAAUAGUAAUUCAUAAUGUGUAAUCUGUGUCAAUUUUGACAGCUUAAAAAUAGGUUAUUUUAUAUGUUGACAUAGGGUGCUCAGCGUGUGCUCAAACACUAGAUCAAUACGUUUAUUAUUUUAUUUUUUUAUUUUAAUAGGUGAUAAAUAAUAAAUGAAUUAACGACGUCAGUAUAGUUUUGAUACUUGAAAAUGUAUAGCGAUUGAGUUUAAUCUAUUAUGGCUUGAGCUUUUUUAUAACGAUUUCGAAAUAGUCUUAUCUCAAAAGUAAUUCCUUGAAAGUAUUAUAAAUAUGCUAAAUUACAUUUCAAGUAUCAAAGACAACUGUUAAAGCAAUACAGCACAUAAUAUUAUAUAGUAUAUUAGAAUAGAAUAUCUACACUUUAAAAAAACGGUAUAAACAUAGUGUAAGAACAAAUUCGAAUGUCUUCAUUUAAU